CAGAUGUCGUACCAAGUGGAACCCCUGCCGGAUUCUUACGCCCAAGUGGGUGAGGGCCCGCACUGGUGUGAGGCUCGGCAGAGUCUCUACUACGUGGACGUCAGCUCGGCUGGAAUCAACCGCUACGACUUCCAGCAGAACAAGAUCUUCAAGGCCAAAAUAGAGGGGGAGAAGGUUGUGAGCUUUAUAAUCCCUAUCGAGGGUAGAUCCCAGGAGUUCGCCGUUGGCUGCACCCGUCGAUGUGCGAUUAUUCAGUGGGAUGGCUUAUCCCCAGUGGCCAAGGUGGUGCGCAACCUCUUCGAGAUCCGGCCAGAACUGAAAGACAACCGGCUGAAUGACGCCAAAGCUGAUCCCAACGGGCGCUUCUUUGGCGGCACCAUGGCCCAUGGAAUCGAAGACUUCCUCAACGUGUGGAAUGGAGAACUCUACAGCUGGCAGGCUGGAGGUCAGCUGAAUGUGCUCAAGGAGAAGGUGGGCCUCUCUAACGGCCUGGCCUGGGACACCAAAGCCAAGAAGAUGUACUACUCGGACACCAACAACUUUGAAGUCGAGUCCUACGACUACGACCAGACCACUGGCGCUGUUUCCAACCCAAAGGUGGCCUUUGAUCUGAGGAAGAUCCGCCCAGAGGGCCCUAUGUACCCCGAUGGCAUUACCAUCGAUACUGAGGGCAACAUCUACGUGGCCACUUUCUGGGGAGGCACUGUCUUCAAGGUCGAUCCAAGCUCUGGAAAAAUCCUUCUGGAGAUUGCCAUUCCCACCAGCCAAGUUACCUCGGUGACUUUUGGAGGCCCCAACCUGGAUAUCCUUUAUGUGACGACCGCUGAUAUUACCGAUCAGCCCAAGCCAGCUGGUACUGUCUUCCAGGUGACUGGACUGAAUUCCAAGGGUUUCCCUGGAGUCAGUUUGAAGAUAUAGAUUCAAAGCUAUAUACAAUGACUUUUAAUAAAAAUAAAACUU